AUGAAUGAACAGGAGGAAGAAACGAACUCAGAUUUGGAAAAAGAGGAGGGAAAUACUAAAAAGGAAGAUACCAAAAAGAUUGAUAGUAAUAAACAUAUCAGUAUAUGUAAUGAUAAGAAGCAAGAUGAAGUAGGCAAAAUGGUGAGCGAGGUAAAAAAGAAAAAGGACAGGGAUCAAGCAAGUCAAAAUGAUAAUACAAACACUUAUGACAAUAUGAGCGAACUUUCGAAUACGUACGAGGAUGCAAAAGAAAAUGAAAGUGAAAUUUUGAAUAAAAAUAUAAACAGUGGUAAUAUUAAUAUGGAGAACAUCAGCGUGAACAAUAUUAACAUGUACAUUAUUAACAGGGGUGCUACAAACGGAGUUAGCACAAACGGGGUUAUAGCAAACGAUGAUAAAUGCGUUAACUGGGGGGAUAAGGACCAUAUGGUUGAAAUUUUAGGACAAGGGGAAGCAAAAAGUAAUGUAUUGCGCAAUCGAUUUUUAAAAGAAAAAGGUGGUACCAAUAAGGAUAGUAAUAAUGAUGGUAAUAACAGCAGUGGUAGGAAAGGGAUAGGUGAAAAUGACCAAGCGGACGUGUGCGCUAGUAUCAAUAAUAGUAGUAGCAGUAACAGAGGGGAAAGAGGGGAGCAGAGCAACACGAACGCAGAGCAGAUUCCGUCGGAUAUGGAGUGUGCGAUAUGUAUGAAACUUUUAAUUAUUCCUGUAACUAUACCAUGUGGUCAUAAUUUUUGUAGAGAUUGUUUAGAAAAAGCAAAGGAGUAUAAGAACUCGUGUCCUUUAUGUAGAUCACCUAUGGGUGAUAAAAAAAAUAUUAACAUUUUGCUAUCAGAAUUAAUAAAAGAAAAAUAUCCUUUAACAUAUGCAAAAAGAUUGGAAGAAAUUGAAAUAUUAAAAAGAGAGCAAGAAAAAAAAAUUUGGAAAGAGAGAAUUGAUGCUAUUAAAAAUUCAUCUAUCAUCCCUGUAUUCAAAGUCCCAUUAGCAUUUGGACCAUACUUUCCAGGAGAAGUUUUCGAUAUAAAUAUUUAUAAUAAAAAAUUUAUAGAUCUUAUUGAAUUAAUAUCUAAUGAAGGUACCUUUGCCAUUGCAUCACCAUGUAAAGAUAAAAAUGAUGAUGAUAAAAUGUAUGGUAUUCAUGUUAGAAUAUUAGAACAAAAUAGUACUAAUCAGUUUUUUAAUAUAAAAUGUGUAGCAAAUUUCAGAGUUAUAUUAUAUAAUAUAAUUCAUUUUCAUCAAUAUGACAAUUAUAUUGCACAUCAUUCUCCUUUAUUUGAUGAAAAUGUACGAGUAAAAUUAUUAGAGUAUAGUUUGCUUGGGGUGAUACCAUUAUCUUCAUCAGUUGCUAACAGUACAGAUGAUGAUAAGGAUUGUAUGCCACGUAGAGAUAAUAUAAUAGACGUUGGAAAGGAAAGAGUGAAAGCUCUAAAAAAUCUAUUAAAUACUAUAGAGGUCGAGGAUGAUAUCAAUUCUAUUUCGUCUUAUUAUGAUGAGUAUAAAAAUAUAAUGAAUAGUGCAGAUGAUAGUAUAACUGAAUAUAUUAAUCUAUACAAUGCUGUAAAGUAUUAUUCUUGUGUUAUAUUUUCAAGGAUUUGUUUACUGUGUAUAAAAUAUCAACUGAAUCGAUUUGGAAAUGCAGGUAUUCGCUUAUUUAAUACUAAAUUUAGAAAUAUUAAACUUACUUCAUCUGAGCCAUCAAACGAAGAAUUAGAAAAUUUUUCCUAUUCAUUAAGUAGUGCAAUCAUAUCAAGAUCUAUUCUUAAAUGGAGAUGGUUUACAAUGACAAAUACUAGUGAACGAUUAGAAAGUAUAACACAAUAUUUUUUGAAAAAAAAAAAUAAAAGUAUCUUAGCCCUUGACAAUUCGCGCUCACCACUUAUCCAUAGGCUUUUUAUGUUAGAUUCAAUAUCAUCCUCCCUGUUAAUCAUCUUUUUUAUUAUAUUUAUUAUUUGUUUAAAGUAUUUUUUCCACUGA